AUGAACAUAAGUGACACUGACAUAAAUAAUGCGCACAUGGAGUUAGAAAGAACAUUGGAGAUAUUAGAAGAUAUUUAUAUUGAAGAAUCCAACAAUGCUAAAAUGAUAAUUGGAACAGAUGACGAUGAAGAAAAAAUAAAAAAUCUGAAUGAAACUAUACAUAAAACUUCUUUCAUACCAGUUGAAAAUACCAGCGAAAUAACAAUAGACACUUUACAUGAAACUCACAUUACAAAUCAUUCUCAAUCAGAUUCUAUAGAUGAAAUUUCAAAAACAGAAAUUUCAACAGAGCUGAUCAUAGUCAAUAUUGAUCUUGAAACUAAUGAAAAUCCUAUCACGUCAAUUACUGAUUUGACAUCAGAGACGUCAUCUUCAAAUGAUUCACCUUCUGUACCAGGUGAAAACACAAGUAAUGUUGACAUGGAUAAUAUGCAUGGAAUUGGGACAUUUAUAGAUUACUCAUCAGAAUUAUUAGGUAAUCAUAAUAAAAUAGAAUCAGAAACCGAAGUAAUGACGUUAGAAGAUCACACUCGUCUUGAUGAUAAUGAAGAAAAAAUUAAGCCUAAAAUAGAUAUUAAAACAGUUUACCCACCAACAAACGAUAUCUCAUUCGAAGGUAUUUCAAAUCAAAUUGAAAAUUAUAAAAAUACUGAGCAUGAGACAGGUAAUGAUGAUACAGCUUAUACAAGUUUAGUAAUGAAUGAAGUUCAAUCAGAAUUAUUAGAUAAAUAUCAAGAUUCGGAAAUAGAAACGUCAAAAAUAUUGGGCUGCAAUACUGACAAUAAAAGUAACGAAGAACCUACCCAAAAUAAAAUAGAUAGUUUAUCAGAAAUGCUAUUAUCAAAUGAAUCUCGAAUACCUAUUGAAGAAAAUAAACGUGAAAUUGAUACUGAUGCUACACCUGAUACUAUAGUUAUAAAUAAAAUCCAAUCAGAAUCAUUAACUCUCAAUAAAGAAGUAGAGUUACAAUUUUUAUCAGAAGAUCAAUUGACGAUUGAUGAUUAUCUAAUACCGGUGCAAAAUACAAGUACAAUGAUAAUUAAUAUUGACACUGUGUAUGAAACUCAGGUUACAGUUUGUUCUCAAUCAGAAUCGGUAGAUGAGCUUGAAAAAACAGAUAUUUCAUUUGAAUCUAAUAUAUAUAAUACUGACCUUGUAACUAAUGAAGAAAAUGAAAACAUAGAUGAUAAUACUAAUAUGACAACAGAAUGUUCAGUAUCGAACGAUGCUUUUUUAAAAUCAGUUAUAAACACAAGUGAUAUCGACAUAAAUAUUAAACACGAACAUUUGGUAUUGAACGACUCUCCAGCAGAAGAAAUUAAAGAUUUAGAAAUACAGAGAAUAUGUGGAAUAGAAAAUUUAAAUAUUUUAAUACCUGAAACUAACAUUUCGAAUGGCAAUUCAAUUUUGAAAGAGACAACCGAACAAAAGGUUCCAAUUGAUGUAGAUACUAAAACUGAUAUACCAACCGAGGAUAUAUCAUUAAAUAAAAACCCCUUACUACCUGUUCAAAAAACAAUGGAAAUAGACAUACUUCAACAAACAAUGCAUACUGAAACAGAAAUUCCAAUAGAUAUUCCAUUACCUAACGAUGCUCUUGCAGUAACAGUUGAAAAUUCAAGCGAAUUUAACAGAGUUACAACUGAAGAAUUAUUGUUAUCAACCAAUUCUUCAUUAACUUGUAUUUUAAACAAUACUGGAAGUAAAUCUAAAAAUAAAUUAAAUGAUAUAGUUACAACUGAAGAAAUUGAAAAUUCUGAAGUUAAAAAUAAAAAUGCCCAACCAAAUUUAUUUUGUGACACGGUCGAUACAAACGAUGUUGAUAUUUUAAAUAAUAUACCAAAACAUAGAAAAGCAUCCGACGAAUUUCAAUUAAGUUCUGAUCAUAAUUUACGAGUAAAAUCAUGUGACAUUCCCGAAUCCGAAUUAUCUGUACAAGAUGUUGAAACAUAUGCCACAGAUAGUUUUGAAGAAACGUUUGUGCAGUCAGAACAAACCAGUCGGAACAAAAUUUCCAUGAAUACAGUUGACAAUGAAAACAAAACGACAAUAGAUGAUAAGUUAUACACAGUAAACGAAUCGGACCUAAAUGCUAUACUAUGUGCGUCGUCGCUCCAAGAGGCUUUGACUCUGUUGGAUUCAAAGAUAAAGUUAAAAUUUAAAAAUAAUACUAAAAAGGUAUCUAGUAAGGUUAAGACGGCUACAUAUGAUUCAAGCAUGCAGCUACCUAGUAGUAGUAAUAGUGAAAACAAUUUUAAUUUUACAGAAGCCCGAGAUUUCUUUAAACAAAUAGAGCAAAAAUCUAAAAAUAACUGA